AUGGAUGACUUUGAGAAAUUCCAUCUCCGCAAAGCAGCUCGGACAAAGCGACGUCCGCUCGCUGAUAUUUCCACUAAUGUGAACAAACCCACAUUACAUCAAAACAAAACGCCAACAGCGAAAACAACCCGUCAGCAUCCAACCAAAACGAAAAUUAGCCAUCUUCUGGGCAUUUCCAAGUCACUAAAUAUCAUCAGGCCACGUCCAACUACAAACAAGUCGGCAUUUUCCUCCAAAAGCUUGCUUUUCGACAUUCAGAGUUGUCCAGAACCUCCCCAGUUCGAACCUCGGUAUAAAAGCAUUACAGACAACGUCAUCAAAAGGCUCAAGGAUACGAAUGAGCUUGUUUCCCAAAGUAAUUCUUGUGUUCGUGCUUUCACCCAUUGGUACCGUCUCCAGGACUACAAGUUCGUGAGAAACGACAUUCCUAUCACUAGCACUGCUGGGAGAGCAGACAAAGAAAAAAACAAACCUGGAGUUGAACAGUCACUUUUUUCUGCCCAGCACAAAUCUCCUGAGUUCUCUCCAUAUCUCGUUCUUAGCGCCACUUGUCUAGGUCCUUACCUUCUAGCAGUAUCUUUGGCUUGCAUAGACUCGAACGCGGCACUGCAGAAAGACACCUUUGAUGUAUCACUUAUGAACCCUGAUUCACGUAUCUGCCCCCGGCAAAACGACAAAAUUUUGCUUUCUGAAAACGGAAAACUCGACAUUCCCAUUGGCGAUCGCUCAGUUCCCGUAUAUGCCGUUUGGAAAAUUGUGAAAGUGGCAAACAUGCCCCAAUUGACUCACCCUGCCGAGUACCAUUGUGCAUGA